CUUGCGAUGCAUUUAGUGCGAAUCAGAAUUCGAAAGCGCGCCUUUUGUUGACAACAGCAGAGACUUUGCAGACUACGCAGUGGAAAAAUGUUGAGGACACUUUUACUCGUGGCAUUCUCCACACUUUUGAUAACACAGUUCGGUUUGUGCCUACCAAAACCAUCCUCCUCGCAAUCAGCGGAGAGCAAUAGCGUGGCGCAGAGCGCCCAAACGACAACACCGUUGCCGGAAGAAAACAAUUUUGAAAUUGGAAUGAGAAAACUAGAAACACUUAUGCACGAAAGCUACUUAAACUUAUUAAAUUUUCAACUGCAAAUAACCAACCAAAUAGCCAAACACGUGCUAGCAGACCCAUCAAUGGACAAGAUUGACAACGAAGCUAUGGAAUAUGAAAAAAGUGUACUUCGAAAAUAUGUGAAGGAUUCAGAAGAAGCGUUAGUUGCUACUUUGCCUGCGAAUAAAAACGAUCCCCAAAAUCGGUUUUUCUUUGCACUAGGGAAAGGUUUUGUGAUUGAAAGUUUCGACAGUUUUACACGCAGACGUUCUUCAAAAACAGAGAAACUAACACCCGAGCAACAGGCCACUUGGGAUGCUUUAAAGAAGUAUGGCUUUCUCGAGUACCGUACCAGUUUAGAUAAUCUUGCAAACGAGUUCGCUGGCUAUUUAGCUGACUCAUUUGAUGAUUUUAUGAAUACACUUUCCACAGCCGAAAAAGAGAAGGAUAAAGACAUGGCGAAGACAUGGGAAAUAUAUAAGAAAAACGAGCUUGGUUUGACCAAGAUUGAAUUCGGGCAACGAUUGUUCCAAGUACUAUUCAGCUAUAAUUCGAAAUUUUAAAUGCAAUUCACGAGAGUGGUACGAAAGUGGAAAUAUACGAAAGGGGAAUAAAUAAAUACCUAAAAUAAGUUUUUACUU